ACCGUAUAGCUGACUUCAUGAAAGCUCUAGGCCACCCUGCUCACGGAAGGAAGUAGUACAUUGCUAUAUAGAUGACAGGGUUCGAGGCAAUAUGGCUGGGGAAUUUGGAGAGCAAACGCCAAAAGCUUUCUAUAUUCACCAACCAGCGUAAUGCGUAUGAAUCCGCUCUUACUUCCAACUCUGCAGACCGUCCCCCGUUCGCUGCAUCCCCCUUCUAAUUGACCAACGAGCGUCAUUUAUGGCUUCCAUUCUCGUCCAUAUUAUCACAGGCAAUUCUCCGCUCCUGAACACAUGUGAUGAAAUGUGUCCCGUUGAAUUUGGUUAUCAUCGAUUUAUCUGCCUGGCUUUGUUAUAGCUCUUCUCCUAUAUAAAGUACAAGGUGCAGGUCUCACAAGAUUCAAACAAUCCUCAGUGCCAUCGCCAUGCCUUUUCUUCCUACCGACUCAGUCGCACUUUCCUCCGGCAUCCAGAUGCCUGUGAUUGCCAAUGGCUCAUGGGCCCCUCCUACUGGUAACGCAAGAGCCGAGGUGAAAGAUUGGACUUUGACUGCUCUAAAGGCAGGUUAUCGGCACAUUGAUACAGCUCUGGGCUAUGGAACUGAGAAAUCAGUCGGGCUUGCGGUCAAGGAAUCCGGAUUGAAGCGAGAAGAUGUUUUUAUCACUACCAAGCUACCCUAUACCGACCAUAGCCGUGUCCAAGACUCCUUCAACGAGAGCUUGACCAACCUUGGAGUUGAUUAUAUCGACUUGUAUUUAGUACAUUGGCCUCAAUGUGUUGACUUAGAAGCUGACGGAACGAUCAAAGUUACUUCUGGACUGACUUUUGUAGAAGUGUGGGCUGAGAUCGAAAAGAUUUAUGAAGGUAAAAAGGCAAAGGCCGUUGGGGUCAGUAAUUUCUCUAUAAAGAACUUAGAGAUCUUGCUCAAGUCGGCGAAAGUUGUCCCAGCAGUCAAUCAAGUGGAGUUACACCCUUAUCUCGCACAAAACGAACUAAGGCAGUACUGCAAAGACAAGGGAAUAGUCAUUGAGGCGUAUACACCCAGUGGUUAUAGCAAAGUCAGGAACGACCCGGUUAUUGACAAAAUUGCACAGAAACACAAGGUGACACCCAAUCAAAUUAUCCUUGCCUGGCAUCUUUUCAGAGAGACGGUGAUCGUCCCUAAGAGUGCUAAUGAAGAACGUCAACGGGAAAAUCUCAAUCUUCUUGUUCUCAGCGAUGAGGAAGUCGAACAGAUCGAUGCUCUUGAUCGAGGAGAGCGUAUCUGUAACAAGCCAAAUGAACAUGGCUUGGUAUGGGGCUGGACAAUGGAGCAAUUAGGAUGGUAGACCAACCGAAUUUGAGCUCCUUUGCUUGGCAAGAGCUCUAACGAUCCUUUAUUUCAUGGUCUUUUCUUCCUAAGCAAAGUAGUAUAGAAUCUAAAGUAAAGCAAACCCUAGGCCUCAGGUUCUCACAGACUGUGAUUACACAUCCACUGUUUUUCAUUCAAGUUUAAGUAUCACCAUUUGUGAUGAUGAAAUCUUUUAUUUCAUGUACUUACUUUGGGCUAGGCUACUACUGAAGAAAGGUUUCUACCAGCUUCUCUUGUUAUUCAAGGAAGGUGCUUCAAUGCCAGGCUCUAAUCAGUACUGAAAGGUUGUUGUCAGUCAAAAAUCGCCAUUUGAGAU